AUGGUUUGCGGAGGUUUCGCUUGUUCCCGACAUUCGCUUAUAAUACUGAAUGUCAUUUAUAUCAUUGUAUCCCUCAUCCUGAUCAGUGUGGCAGCAUAUGGCAGGGCGGUGGCCGUGGUUACCAGUUUAACAUUAGUGGGCAGUCUCAUUGCCUGUGGUGUGUUGCUGUUUCUGAUUGCACUAGUUGGUCUGGUUGGUGCAGCCAAACAUAAUCAAGUAUUACUCUUCUUUUAUAUGAUUAUCCUGUUCAUUCUAUUUUUGCUGCAAUUCUCCUUGGCUUGUGCAUGUCUGGCAGUUAAUGCAGAUCAGAAGGAUGCCCUGGUGGAGCAAGGUUGGCGGAUGUCUAGCAACAUGACCAGGUCAGAAGUGCAGGCUCAGUUUAACUGCUGUGGCUUCAAGCAGACCCAGUUUCCACAGAGUGAUCCAUUGGGUCACCCACCUUGUGAUGUUUCCUCUGACUGCUGUAAAGGUAAAACUGACCAGUGCUGCACUGGACAAUACACAAAUGGGACGUCCCCACCCUGCCCUUGCAAGUCUUGUUUUGAUGUUCUACAGCCUCUUAUCUACAAUGCAUUCUCUGUGACAGGAGGCUUAGGCUUGUUCUUCAGCUUUACUGAGAUUAUAGGUGUGUGGUUGACCAUUCGAUACCGCAACCAGAAAGACCCUACAUCUAAUCCUAGUGCUUACCUUUAA